GGGGAUGGAGACCCGGCCGCCGCGCGCCGGGACCUGCUGAGCUUCCCGCCGCCGCCGGGUCCGGCUUACACUUACUCUGACAAAGGCAAGUUUGGAAGCAAUUACUUGGGGACAGUUUGGAUAACACCUAGAUAAUCAAAACGGGCACAAUGAAGCACUUCCUGAGAAUGUUGUUCCAGGUGUGCCUGUAUUUUUACUGUAAAUUUUUGUGGCGCUGCCUAAAAUUUGUAAUGAGGAAGCUGACUGGAAGAUGUGAAUUGCAACGGAUCUGUUACAAUACCAAGCCUGGGGCUUCUAGAACCAUGAAAAUCGAAACAUCACUGAGGGAUUCAAAAAGUAAGCUGCUGCAGACUUCAGUGAGUGUUCACCCUGACGCCAUUGAGAAAACUAUAGAGGACAUCAUGGAACUGAAGAAAAUUAACCCCGACAUAAAUCCACAGUUGGGAAUCUCUCUUCAGGCUUGCCUUCUGCAAAUUGUUGGCUACAGAAACCUUAUCGCAGAUGUGGAAAAACUGCGCAGAGAACCCUAUGAUUCUGAUAACCCCCAACAUGAAGAAAUGCUUUUGAAGUUAUGGAAAUUCUUGAAGCCCAAUACUCCAUUGGAAUCUCGGAUUUCUAAGCAGUGGUGUGAAAUUGGUUUCCAAGGUGAUGAUCCUAAAACAGAUUUUCGAGGAAUGGGACUUCUGGGCCUAUACAAUUUGCAGUAUUUUGCAGAAAGGGACGCUGUAGCAGCUCAGCAGGUCCUCUCUGACUCUCUUCAUCCAAAAUGCAGCAAAUUCAGCAAAGCAGAAUGGGAGAAGAAAAGGAUGGAUAAAGCAAUUGGGUACUCAUUUGCAAUUGUGGGCAUCAAUAUAACUGAUCUGGCAUAUAAUCUACUGGUGAGCGGAGCUCUAAAAACUCACUUCUACAACAUCGCCCCAGAAGCUCCAACACUGUCUCAUUUCCAGCAAACAUUCUGCUAUUUGAUGCAUGAGUUUCAUAAGUUUUGGAUUGAAGAGGACCCCAUGGACAUAAUGGAAUUCAAUCGUGUGCGGGAGAAAUUCCGCAAGAGGAUCAUAAGACAGCUGCAGAACCCAGACAUGGCGUUGUGCCCACACUUUGCUGCCUCAGAAGGUUUAAUCAACAUGUAGUCACCCACGCUGGUUUUAACGGAUACCCUAGAACACUGCCUCAUUGUCGUGUUAGAUCCUGCUUAGGUCCCAGCUCACACACUGAAUGCACAGUGAUUGUAUGCAUGCCUUCUGGUACAGUAUUUUCACCUCUUGGUCAUAAUUACCAGAUCCCCAGAUACCACUGUUUCUGGAGUAUCUGUCAUCCAGUGACCGUUCAUAUUGUGGCAUUAUGCAAUGUUACAUUUGCCUUGACACCCAGGUAUGGAGAGAGUUUUCUAUUUUUUUAGACUGUUCUCCUCCCCCUCAUAAUUCAGCACUGAAGAACUGUAUUUCUCUAGCUGUAUUUUGUAUGCAAGAGAUUUAGCUGAAUCUUGUUCUGUGAAAGCCUUUUAAUUUACUGAUAUGUUUCAUGACUACUGCUGCUAGCUCUUCAGGCCAGGUUCAUGCUUGGAUCUCACUCCACUAAAGUGUAUGACUUUCAAACAAUACAGACAGACACAUGAUAAGCCAAACCAUUCCUGCAAACACAGCCGUGCCUCGUGAAAAUGUAACAAGGCUUACAAGAAGCAGAUUUAGGUAGGUGCUGUUUUUGUUUGAAGAACCGCAGAAUUAUACUGUAACUUCCCCCAGCUGUAACUGUGUCAUAGUCAUAUGGAUACCAAAUAAUUUUAUUCCCAUAAUUUCACUGGCUUGGAUACCUAAAUAUGUUUAUGAUGCUUGGAGCCUCAGAAAAGAAGUAUGCAUACUUCAAAAACUGCAAAAGGUUUUUCACUGCCUGCCUCUUGCUGAACUCAGAGUUACACGCUGGCACUGUUCUGAUCCAAGCAUCUUUGCUUGGGGAACUGAGUGCUGACUGGUUUGUUUUCAAUGUCAAGAGGUUAUAUCAAAAAACAAUUUGCAAGAAAAUGUGUUGCAAGAGAGGGACCUAAGCUGUGUCCUUCUAUAAUAUUUCUUGAAAAUAAUGACCUUGUCCUGUAUCAGUGAAAAAAGUAAAUUGCUUGGAAGGGAAAAAACAUCAAUUCAUUCCAAAACUGCUAAAAAUCAUUUUAAAAACCAUGAUUUAGUUUGGAAUUAUGAUUGUAGUCUGUUGAAUAGUAUUUACCAUGGCAUUUCAUACCCAUGGUAUUUUAUACCUUCUGACUAUCAAUUUUAGUAUUAUUAGACAUUUGUGUGAUCACUUGCUUAUUUAAAUGAAGUCUGGGUACUGCCUAACUGUCAGUUAUAUGAAUAAAUUAC